AUGGGAAGUGUUUCAUCAAAUCCUAAUGCUGACGAAACUGGCACCAUAAGCAAUCUUCCUAUGCAUCUUAGGAGGAUGGAAUUGAAAUUUGAUAUUACCAAAGAUAUCAAUCCGAACCUUAAAUAACUAUUGCAUUGUAAUGAAAAAUAUUUAUAAUAGGGUCAUUAAUGGAAAUCAGAUAGGUAUAUGAAUAAUUUCAAAGAAGAUCAAAUUCUCCUUUUAUUGAUAAAAACAUUUUUUGUAAAAUUGUACCUUUUAGCAGAUCAAAUGCAAGCUUCAUCUUCGAUUAGUUUUGUGUUGGAAACAAAGUUCUCUCCAUUUAUGAAUUCAUUUGUAUUCUGACAAUCACUGCCUUCACACAAUAUAUCCAUAAAGUUCAUUGUAUUAAUUAAAUUCGAUAUGAUUCCUAGUCUUGUAUAUUGUGUUCGAUCUAGAUUGUAGUGGAAACAUAAGUUUGAAUGAACUACUGAUAAUAUUUAAAUCGAUUAUAUUAGGAUACUGCAAGUUAACAGAAGCUGAAUUGCCAUCUUAUAUCUAAUUGGAGAAGUUCGCAAAAUUGAUGUUUCUCAAAAGUGAUAUCUAAGUAGAUAAUUCAUUAGAACUGAGCGAGUAAUACAAUACAUAACUUUAGGAUAAUAGAGUGGCUAGACAAUAAUCCUACUGGUUUGCAAUUAUUUCAAAUGUAUGAACCAAAGUAAAAGGUACAAGAGCCAUAUGAAGCAUUUCGAUCUUUUCGAGCUUAUACUGAACAAGAGGCUGAGAAUAUGCUAGAAAUGAUAACUAAAUCUAAUAAAAAUGAAUAUUAUAUGAAGAGCCUAAAUGAUUAGGUGGGCAAAAGGAAUAAAUUUAGUUAUAUGGCUAAUACAAAAAGUUAAUAAUAACAAUAGAUUUAUUCUAUCUAAUAAUAAAGAAAUUAAUCUUUACCCAAAAUCUAACCUUAAAAAUAAUUUAAUAUGGAAGAAGAAUUGGAAGAGUUAAACAUCUUAGAAAAAGCAUUAGAUUAACACUAAAAAAAAUAUGAUUUGUCAACAGAGAAGCCAUCUUAAAGUCUGCAUCAUCCUGCUUAAAAUCCUAUUUUAUUAGGUAAAAGAGUAAAAAGCUAAGGUAGGAUAAUGAAAAACAUUAUAAUUACUAAAGGGUGCACAUUAACAAGAAAUGAGAUUUUUAGAGUUAAGAAUUAUUUUGAUUCAUUAUCUGAUAAUAAUAAGGUUAUUGGAGUUAAGGAUUUUACAAAAGCAUUUUAAAAUAAACCUCAUAUGAAAAGAGUAACAGCCAGUUUGUAUAAUUACUUAGAUUCAAAAUAAAAAGGAUUUGUCACAUUCGAUUAAUUAAUGCUGAAGCUUUACCCUUCAUUAACAAAAGUCUAGUUAGAAAUCAUUAACAAUUGGAUUAAAUAAUAUAACGAGGUGUUUUCUAAGAGCUCAAAGGAAAGCAUUGAAUUGGAGGUUCUUAAAAACAAUGAUACAAAGUAAAUUAAGAGAAAGAGAAUAUUACCAAAAAGCAGUAUGAUUAGAAUUAAAUAGAUUUAUGAUUUAAUCGAUCAAGACAACAAAGGAUGUAUAUUUAUAUAAAUAUAUAUAAAUUAGAUAUAUCUUUGGAAGAUCUCAAAAAGACUUUUACUUAUGGUUUUACGGCCAAGGAAGUUGAAGACUUAUUUCGAUUACAUGAUUUAGAUAAAGAUGGGAAAUUAGGAAUGGAAGAUUUUAUCAGAAUUAUUCUUCCACCAGAUUAUGUUAUUGAGGAUGAAGCAGAGGAAUAAUGA